UUUUCCUCUCACGAUUUAGCAGUAUAAUAUAGUUUAUCUUUUUAAAUAUUAUACAGACUCACCUACCGUUGCUUUAAUACCAUUUUUGUCUCAGAAACGCAACCACCGCGCACCGACAACAAUGUUGUGAAAAUGUAAAAGUUAUUAUCGAGUUAAGUCGUGUAACUGCAAUAAUUACUUAUUUUUGUAGCCCAGUGUACAGAGAGUUAGAAAGAUAAUUUAAGUGUGAAAUAAAGCAAGAAUUAUCUAUUUUCAAGUGAAUUAUAUUAAGUAUUUUGUCAAAUGCAAAGCAGGCAUUACUAUGGUAAUAUUUUUUCGUGCAAGGUCAUACUUACAAGCAUAGAACAACGCGGGCUCGGGUGUAUAAGUAUUUAAUAUUUAUCUACCCAAUGCCUACAAGCUACAAGUAAAGUAAUACAUUUCCAUUAUUAUUUAUUCUUGUAUCGUGUGCGAUGGAAACAAUGUGUGCAAUUGGUAUCUUUGUUGAAGAACCUUUACUUACAUUAUUGUAUAAAUUUACUUAUUGAGUUAAAUGUGUUAAACCAAUUUUAAUAUUUAGUUGGUGUAGUGGUUAGUGGCACUUUUGUGCAAAAGGUACCUACCUAAUUAGAUAGUACGUUUGUGUCCCUGUCAAUGACGGAUUGUGCCCGACAGCCUUGCGCUAAAAACUAUUGUUGUGAUAUCAAUGGAGGAACAAGUAUUACAACCGAAGAACAGUGGCCGCAUCGUCAUACAGAUAUGGGGAUCAUUUAUCGCAAGCAUGCCAAUAUUCCUGUACGGGUUGGCCAUGACCUGGAUCUCCCCAUACGAGGCUCUACUAAAGGGAGAAGCUGCUGAAGGCUCUCCAUCAUCACCUCCGCUGACUGACGAGGACCUGUCCUGGAUGGCGGCACUCCUGUACUUCCCUGGGCCUGUCACUGUGUUCGUGUAUGGCCUGACUGUGGAUAAGUUUGGAAGGAAGGUGGCUUUGGUACUCUGCUCUGUGCCUACUGCGAUAGGCUGGAGCAUUCCCCUGGUGUGGGCGACUCCCCCGGGCUUCAUCCUCGCCCGCGCUCUGGUAGGCUUCGGCGCCGGCGGAGCCUUCACGGUCUGCCCUCUGUACGUGAAGGAGAUCAGCCAGGAUGCCAUCAGAGGGUUCACUGGGUCCUUCUUGUGCCUCAGUUUGACGUUUGGAAACCUGCUGAUGUUUGUUUUAACAGAUGUGGUAUCAUUUUAUUCCAUUCUAUGGAUAAUGGUAUCGCUACCAGUAAUUCAUAUCGCAUUGCAACUAUGGCUUCCAGAUUCACCGUCUUUUCUUUUGGAAAAGGGUAAAAUUGAGGAAGCAACAAAAACCAUUGCUUGGUUUCGUUCUUUACAUCCAAAUGAUCCGCGAGUCCAGACGGACCUUGAGGCUCUUCUGAAGGAAAAGAAGCGAGGGUCGCCCAAAUUUGCUCCAAAACUUUUAUUUGCAGACAAAAUCACAGCAAAGGCCUUCUUCAUAGUAAUAGGAGUGUGUGGCUUGAGGGAGUUAAAUGGGUCUCUCGCUGUUCUAACAUUAGCUGGGGGUAUAUUCGGGGCUGCCGGCAAAGUCCCUGGGGCUGGCCUGACCCUGUCCCCGAACCAGCAAGGCAUACUACUGGCUCUAGCACAGUGCAUUGGAGCAUCUGUAUCGGGACAAAUUGUGGAUAGAGCUGGACGUAAGCCUCUACUUCUAAUCACAAUAGCUGCUCAAGCCAUUUGUCUAUCAAUCAUAAGUAUCUGGUUCUUUCUGGCGGCUUCAGGACUAUAUUUCCCAGGUUGGGUUCCCAUCGCCGCUUUGUCUGUUGGAAUUGUGUUCGAUGCUGCCGGUGUGCAACCAAUCGCUUACAUUAUCACUACUGAAAUGUUUCAUUUUAAUAUCCGUGCUACAGCAUCAAUAGUUCUCAUGAGCUCAUUGUUCUUCGUCGACUUUGCCCAGUUGAAGAUCAUCACAGUGUUACUGCCCGUCAUCGGCUAUUCUUACUUGUUCUUGUUCUUCGUCUUCAUCUCUAUCAUCUUCUUCAUCUUCACCAUAUUCUACGUGAUAGAAACAAAAAUACGGACUGUCGAUGAGAUUUAUGAAGAUUUGAAGACCCACGGGAAAUCUUCUAGGAAAACUGUAGAAUCCAGAGCACAAACUGAUGUUUUGUUGAAAGAAUUCAAUACAUUGGUUGUUAAGCCUUUAGCAUGUAAAGAAAAUAGUGAACAAAAUGAGUUGUUGUUUACAGAGAAAUUAAAUAACUAA